CAGCCGUUCAUGACACAAGUCAACAUGUAUGGAGAAGAUGGCAGCUCAUCUGGUUUUCACGCACACGUCGAUGACGGAGUGAUGAUCAAUGUGAUCAAUGCAGAAGCCUAUCACACAGCUUCCAGAAGAAUUGGCAAGCUUCUGCCAUCAACACAUGUCCUUCGCAUGGCCGACGGAUCAUUAGUGCCAUCCCUCGGUGUUUGGUCAGGGGAAGUCAAAUGGAGAACGGCGAGAACUGUAGUCACUUUUGAAGUGUUUCCAAGUGGAGGAUCGUGGAAAGUCCUAAUCGGCAAACCGUUGUUACAGCAACUCCGUGCAGUCCAUGACUACGCCAACGACAUAAUC